AUGGCUACAGUGGUGAAAAGCAAGACUUAUUCAAUUUCUGCAGCAACAUUGCUGGUCUUAUGUAUCCUUGCUGUGAUCUGCAAUUUCAGUUUAGCAGAUAGAAUUUUGAAAGAAAAAGAAUUAGGAAAUGAUGGUAAGAAAGAGAGACAAGGAGUUCUAAAAGCCAUUGUGAAUUUCUUGUGGGAGGAGGGAAAGUCUUCUUAUGAACCUGUUUGGCCGAACAUGAAAUUUGGUUUGAGAAUAGUAGUAGGAUCCAUCAUUGGAUUUUCGGGAGCUGCAUUGGGAAGCGUUGGAGGGGUAGGAGGUGGAGGAAUUUUUGUGCCUAUGCUCGCUUUGGUCAUUGGCUUUGACCCCAAGUCUUCUACUGCCAUUUCUAAGUGUAUGAUAAUGGGUGCAUCAAUAUCAACCGUAUACUACAAUCUGAGGCUAAGGCACCCAACACUAGACAUGCCUCUUAUAGACUAUGACCUGGCUUUGAUUUUCCAGCCUAUGCUAAUGCUAGGAAUAAGCAUUGGUGUUAUAUGUAAUGUCAUGUUUGCUGAUUGGAUGGUGACAGUUUUGCUUAUCAUCCUAUUCGUAGCUACAUCAACAAAAGCUACGUACAAAGGCAUAGACACAUGGAAAAAGGAAUCAAUUGCAAAGAAGGAAGCAUCCAAACUGCUGCAGGCAGAACCAGAACCCGGUGGUGACUACAAGUCACUACCAAGUGGUAAAACUGAUUCACUAUUUGAGGAGGCCCCUUUACUGAAAAACAUAUAUUGGAAAGAAUUAUCACUCCUCUUGUAUGUCUGGGUAGCUUUUUUCAUUGUUCAGAUUGUUAAGGAAUACAGCAAGCCCUGCUCCAUCCAGUUCUGGGUUCUUAAUUUCUUGCAGGUUCCUAUUGCAAUCUCCGUUACACUUUUUGAAGCCAUAGGCUUAUACAAAGGAACUAGAGUGAUUGCAUCAAAGGGAAAGGAAAUCACCCAUUGGAAGAUUCAUCAGAUUUGUCUCUAUUGUUCCACUGGCAUAAUGGCUGGUAUGGUUGGUGGACUGCUUGGUCUAGGAGGUGGUUUCAUUUUGGGACCAUUGUUUCUAGAAUUGGGAAUUCCUCCUCAGGUAGCAAGUGCUACAUCAACUUUUGCCAUGGUUUUUUCAUCCUCCAUGUCAGUAGUGCAAUACUUCUUGUUGGAUCGUUUCCCUGUACCGUAUGCUUCCUACUUUACUCUGGUUGCAACCUUAGCUGCAUUCACUGGUCAGCAUGUGGUGAGAAAGAUAAUUGUCGUUCUUGGCAGAGCAUCCAUUAUCAUCUUCAUACUAGCAUUGACCAUUUUUAUCAGCGCACUAAGUUUAGGUGGAGUGGGAAUAGAGAACAUAAUUGAGAAGAUAGAAAAUCAAGAGUAUAUGGGCUUUGAAGAUCUCUGCGCAUCAUAUUAG